AUGGAGUGGGCCGCGAUCAUCUGCACAUUGCUACUUUUAGUACUGGCUACUAGCAUCAGCCUAGACGCCGCCGAGUAUCAAUCUUUGCAAUGGACAAAUUCCAUUGGUAUGAAGAUGGUACGCAUACCGCCCGGCAAAUUUCAGAUGGGUUACAGUAAGACCCCACUUCCUAAGGAACUGACGACGAGUUUGCCGUACCGUGAGGACGGAGAUUAUGAUGAAAAACCAUACCACUACGUUACCAUAUCGAAAUCGUUUUACGUGUCCGAGUUGGAGGUGACAAACCAGCAUUAUGAGCAGUUCGACUCCGACCAUAAGGCGGUGAGAGGAAAACUCGGAUUUUCUAUAGACGACGACGAAGCAGUCGUAUUUGUGAGCUGGUAUGACGCGCACUCAUUUUGUCAGUGGCUCAGUGGAGUAGACAACAGGACAUACCGUCUACCUACAGAAGCAGAGUGGGAGUAUGCAGCACGUUCAGGCUCAGUUACAUAUUUCUCAACAGGAGAUACCGUUCCCAAAGAGUAUCAGAAGUGCCAGGAGAGAUCAUGGUACCCUGGCAAGCUGGAACUUUGUCCCACCCCCAAGCUCACGACUGGUGGGACUCCAGCUAAUGCAUUCGGUUUAAAGGAUAUGGUUGGCAACGUGGAGGAGUGGACACUGGAUUGGUACGAUUGGUACAGAGCAGACAACGUUACUGAUCCUACUGGUCCAGCGAGUGGUGAUUUCAAGGUGACGAGAGGUGGCAGUCACUCAACAGAUUUGUAUUACUUGCGAAGUGCCAAUCGACUGGGAACGUUACCAGAUGAUAAGAGUUGGUUUAUUGGUUUCAGGAUAGUCAUGGAAGACCCAAACCCAAUAGUACUGGAGGGCGAUCCUUACCAUAAAGUGACUCAGCAAGCACUUCAAUCUCAGAACUUGGAACCCAUAAAAUCAACAUCAAUUAUUCAGAAAAAUUUCAAUGAUACGUAUGAUCCCAGUAAACCCUAUUUUCAUGGUCCUUUGCAGUAUGUUAACAUUCCUAAGGAUCAACUGCAUCUCCCAUUUGGUCACCAUAACCAUGAUCCAGCUGUUUGCCCAUGUCCAAAUGGAGACGCGCUUGCCAUUUGGUACAGUUGUUGGGAAGAGUCUGCUCGUGAGCUGGGUAUCGUGUACAGUAGACUUGAAAGAGGCACAGAGCAAUGGGACGAACCGAAGAUAUUCUGGAAUGCACCUGACAGGAAUGACCAUGCUCCAGCUAUGUAUAUUGACAGUCAAGGUACCAUGUAUCAUUUCAAUGGUCUAUCAGCAGCUGCAACAUGGGGAAACUUGGCUACUGUGAUGAGGACAUCACAGGACAAUGGGAAGUCAUGGAGUAAAGGCAGGAUAAUAUUUCCCGAGCACGGACUGAAACACAUGCCUGUUGAGACAACAAUACAGACUCAUGACGGCUGGCUCGUUCUUCCUACUGAUGCAACCACUGCUGGUGAAGGUGCUACAGUCCUUCACUUUUCUCAAGAUAAUGGCAGCACAUGGUACGAUCCCGGUGGAUUUAUUCGUGGAAUUCACGGUGCAGUUGUUCAACUCAAAAAUGGCAGUUUAUACGCAUUGGGAAGGGGAAAUGAUAUUAAUGGUCAUAUGGCUCACAGCCUUUCCAACGAUUUAGGAAAAAGUUGGACAUACAGUGCGUCGCCAUUCCCUGGUAUUCAUGGUGGUCAGCGUGAGAUCUUGUUACGACUUCGUGAAGGACAGAUCUUGUUUAUUGGAUUCGCUAACCAUCCUUUGCCUAUAGUCGACAGCUCCAACAAGACUCGUUCAGUUGUUGGCCUGUUUGCUGCCAUAAGUCAUGAUGAAUGCGAGACAUGGUCUAAUCGACGUCUCAUAUCCGACGAUGGGAAGGGCCGCACAGUAGAGACCCUUGAUGGACAACCCUUUACGAUGAGCUAUAAGCGUGCCGAGCCUCUUGGCUAUGUGUCUGCAAGACAGUCACCAGUCGAUGGUCUCAUUCACGUCAUCACCAGCAGACAGCAUUACCAAUUCAAUGCCAAGUGGCUGGAAACAUACCCACCACCACCACCACCACCAUAGCA